GGCGGCGGCGGCUCCAUGCGGUCUGAGCGGGAGUCGGGGCCGGGGCGGGGUGGCGGCGGCGGCUGGGAGAAGCGGCCCAUGGAGGCCUCGCUGAGGCGGGAGUCGCCGCGGCGCGAGCCGGAGGCUCCGCUAACCCCUUCUCCUCCCCCGGGGCCGCCGCCACCUCCUCCCCCGCCGCCGCCUCCUCUUCAGCCGGCGCCGGGUAAACAGCGAGAGGAGAAAAAAACGGCGCUGAGCAAAGUAGUUAUUCGCCGGCUUCCUCCUUGUCUAACUAAGGAACAACUGGAGGAACAGCUACAUCCUCUACCUGCUCAUGAUUAUUUUGAGUUUUGCACUGCUGAUCCCAGCCUUUAUCCUCAUCUCUACUCAAGAGCAUACAUUAACUUUAGAAAUCCUGAGGACAUCCUUCUUUUUAGAGAUCGUUUUGAUGGCUAUGUCUUCAUUGAUAAUAAAGGUUUGGAGUAUCCUGCAGUAGUUGAAUUUGCUCCAUUCCAGAAGAUUUCAAAAAAGAAAUUAAAGAAAAAAGAUGCAAAAGCCGGGAGCAUUGAAGAUGAUCCAGAGUAUAGGAAAUUUUUAGAGAGUUACUGUGCUGAUGAAGAGAAAAUCUGUGCCAAUCCUGAGACUCUUUUGGGAGAGAUUGAGGCCAAAACAAGGGAACUCAUUGCUAGAAGAACAACACCCCUUUUGGAAUAUAUUAAAAAUAGAAAAUUAGAAAAGCAGAGAAUACGAGAAGAGAAAAGAGAAGAACGAAGGCGAAGAGAAUUGGAAAAGAAACGUCUGCGAGAGGAAGAGAAAAGGAAACGCAGAGAAGAAGAAAGACGUAAAAGAAAAGAAGUGGAGAAGCAAAAGAAAAUUUCUGAAAAAGAAAUAAGAAUCAAGCUUCUUAAGAAGCCUGAAAAAGGAGAUGAGCAGGCCAGUGAAAAGCACAAAGAAAAGGGUGAAGAAGCUGACAUUGAAGAAAACAAAUGGGAAAAGUCAUCAGGAUCUGGGAGUAUAAAAUGCAAGUCAUUGGAGGGUUCACUAAAAGAACUUAAGGAAAAGUCACAAAAUGAUAGUGACAAAGAGCAAAGAGAUUUGGAGAGAAGAUUUCGAGAAAAAGAACCUGAAAGGCAAAGGUAUCGUUUGGACGAUGGCAGAAAGCAUAGAGCUCACUAUGAGUUUGACAAGUUUGUGAGAAGGAACGAAGAAGAGCUGAAAUGGGGAAAAGGAUACAACCAAGACAGAGGAAAGAAAGGGAACCACAACUACAGCUUCACUGUGGAGACAGUAGACAAACUGGGUAAAGAGGACAAGUGUGAUGACAUGGCAUCCAAAAAGGAGCGCAUAAGAAAUAAGGAUCGUCCAGCCAUGCAGCUGUACCAGCCAGGAGCUCGCAUUCGAACACAGACGGGAUCUGCAAGUAAAACUUAUGACUGCACUGGGAAGUUCUUUGAAGAUGCUCUUGAUAAGAAGUAUGAGGCAGAUAAUUCAGUUGGAGGUGGUUCUGAAAAGAGUGAAGAGGCAGAAUAAAACAAACUGGAGGAAGGACUUGUGAAUAGGGAUGAACUUAAGAUUUGACUUUGCCACAAAAAUCCAAUUCAGAACUCCACAGAUUGCACCAACAAAAUUAUAAUAACUGUCUCUUAUUUUCUGUAAAAUAAAGGAAACAGAAACUGGAGACAUAAGGUAUCUUACAGCAAAGGAAUACAGUUGCUUUUUUACAAAAAGCAGAACAAACACUAUAUACCCAAUUUAAAAGCAGUCCAAUAUUUUGUUAGACUUGCCUUGAAAUAGCAAACCUAACAGUUUUGAUGGAGUAUUUUAGAAGACUUUUCAGAAGCUAUUUCACCUUUUCAAGUCUAUUAAACUGAGAAAAGAAAUAAAAUGUAGAUUUGCCUAGGUUUGAAAUCUGAGGCACUUUACCCGUGUUCUGUGCAUGACAUGAACAACGCAGGACCCCUCCUGCAAACGGCAGCAGGCAGAGCCACCGCAGGGAGUCGCAGUCGGACCUGGGGCGACUGGCCCCGCGGGAAGCUCCGGAGCCAGCGGUGUUUGCAGGAUCAGGCCGACAGUUUGCACCUUUGUGAGAAAUGUCUGUUGGUCUCUGAACCUCAUUGUGUUUACGUUGUUUUUCAAUUAACUCUAGCGUCAGAUAAGCGUGAUUAAAGCUACAAGUAUGUUCUUAACAGUUUGUCAUUUUCUGAGCCACUUUUGCUUUUUAUGUUAUAAUAGAUUCUUGCGUGUAAAACACGAAAAAGCUAAUGCACACCUCAGCAUUUAAACACUAUAUCUGGUUUUAUUAAAUUAGCUGAUUUUUAUGUUUUUGACACUGACUUUUGAAAAAAAGUGGUUGUACAGUAAUGACUUUUUGUAUGUUAAUGUUUCAUAUAAGUUGCAGUUGCAGGAUUGGGAAAAUCUGUGAUACGUGACAUUUCUGGAGUAUAAUUUGUUUAAACACACACCACUGGCAACUCCAGCCCACCAUUUUGUAGAUCUAGGCCAGAUUCUGCCCUCUGAUGGAGGGACAUAUGUAUAUAGUUACCACUGGUUUCAAGGAUAGUUGCAUAUUUACUGAAGGGCAAAACAUGUUCAUUUGUCUUUUAUGGCUGAGGAUUUCUCGGUUGCCUGAAACUAAGAUCUGCUUUGUCAAUUAAAUAGUAAGAUAUUAAUUUAUUUUUUACAUCCUCUUUGAACAUUUUAUUAUUAAACAUAACAUCUAAUUGUUCUA